AUGUUUCAGCACGGAGUUGGCACUGCCAAUGACACCACGCAUGUCUCCGAGAAGGAUGCAGCAUUAGCGGUAGUCAGCGAUAUGGCCCAAGAGAUCGACCCUCUGGUCGCUAAAAAAGUGCUGCGAAAAAUCGACUGGUAUUUUAUGCCUGCCAUGUUGAUAGGUUACGGCAUGGUCUAUUAUGACAAGGCGAUACUUGGUAGUGCCUCGCUCUUCGGCAUGACGACCGACUUGUCACUGAUAGUAGUUGACUAUUCGACAUCUCCGCCGUCAGUCGAUACAUCGCGUCUCAGUUGGGCGACGUCUCUCUUCUAUUUUGGAAUGCUGGCUGGGCUUUAUCCAAUGACAUUCAUCCUGCAGAAGUUUAAUACCCGGCAUGUACUUGGCCCUGUCGUUCUCCUAUGGGCCAUUGUCUGUGCGGCCACCGCUGGUGUCACAUCCUGGCGAGGACUAUUUGUACAGCGGUUCUUCCUCGGCGUUAUUGAGAGCGUGAUUCCGACUAGUUUCGUAGCCAUCGUUAGCGGCUACUAUACGCAAGAGGAGCAAGCCCUUCGGCAGGCUUGGUGGUUUUCGGGCACUGGCUGGUUCACCAUUAUCGGCGGUGCUCUGAAUUAUGGCUUUGGACAAAUUACGUCCGGUUCUCUGGCCAGAUGGCAGUAUAUCUACAUUCUUGCCGGCGCUUUGACAUUCUUGUUUGGCCUCUGGUGCUGCACACUCCCGAAUUCACCAGUCUCAGCCUGGUUCUUGAGCCCUGAGGAGCGAAUGGUAGCUGUGGAGCGGUUGCGCAAAGGCCAAACUGGUGUCCGAUGCCAGAAAAUCAAGGUUGAGCAGAUCAAAGAAUCACUCACAGACAUUAAGAUCUAUCUCGUAGCUAUCAUGAUGGCCGCAGCGUAUACCAUCAAUGGCGCUAUCUCUGGCUUUGGGCCUCUAAUUGUCUCUACCUUUGGAUACAAUACCCUGGACUCCAUCCUCUUCCAAUUUCCAGUUGGCGUUGUUUGUGUGAUCUUCAUUCCCCUAUGUGGAUACAUCCCCACCGUUGUUCCCAACACGCGAAUUCCGAUGCUCAUUAUAUGCUGUCUUCCAGUUAUUGCUGGAUGUGUGAUGAUUUGGAAAUCGCAAUGGGGAUACCAGCCUGCUACUCCAGUUAUCGGCUAUGCGCUGACUGGUUUUUUUGGCCCAGUUGUCAGCCUAAUAAUUACGGUCGGUGCCAGUAACGUUGCCGGAGCCACUAAGAAAACAGUAAUGGCCGCCACCAUCUUCGUUGCUUAUACAGUCGGUAACAUCAUUGGGCCACAGCUUGUUAAAAGUAACACAAAAGCUCAGCAUUAUCCAGAGCUGUGGACUGGGAUGAUUAUCUGCUACUGCAUCACGAUCGCAGCGGCAACAUCGUUAUAUAUUGUUUUAUGGAGGGAAAACAGGGCCCGGGAUACACUGAAGUUCGAUCAAGUGCAACGGGACAAGGUUGCCUUUGACGACCUCACUGACAAGCAAAACCCCUUCUUUCGAUACGCUCUCUAG